CAUUUCCUGACAAAAGAAUGCAAUUUCAACUGACCUUUCUUUUGCACCUUGGGUGGCUCAGUUAUGCAAAAGCUGAAGAUAAAUGCAACAGGGGUGCCUGUCAUCCCCCCACCGGCAAUCUCCUAGUGGGACGCAGCACACAGCUCACGGCUUCGUCUACCUGUGGGCUGGAUGGAGCCCAGAAAUACUGCAUCCUCAGCUACCUGGAGGGGGAACAAAAAUGCUUCAUUUGUGACUCCAGAUUUCCAUACGAUCCGCACACCCAUCCCAACAGCCACACCAUUGAGAAUGUGAUUACAAGUUUUGAACCAAAUAGAGAAAAGAAAUGGUGGCAAUCCGAAAACGGUCUUGAUCAUGUCAGCAUCAGAUUGGACCUAGAGGCAUUGUUUCAGUUCAGCCACCUGAUCCUGACCUUUAAGACUUUUCGGCCUGCUGCAAUGUUAGUUGAACGUUCCACAGACUAUGGACACACCUGGAAAGUGUUUAAAUAUUUUGCAAAAGACUGUGCUACUUCCUUUCCCAGCAUCACAUCUGGCCAGGCCCAGGGCGUGGGAGACCUUGUUUGUGACUCUAAAUAUUCGGAUAUUGAACCCUCAACUGGCGGUGAGGUUGUUUUUAAAGCUUUGGAUCCCAGCUUUGAAAUAGAAAACCCCUACAGCCCCCACAUCCAGGACCUUGUUACAUUAACAAACCUGAGGAUAAACUUCACCAAGCUCCACACCCUUGGGGAUACUUUGCUUGGAAGGAGGCACAAUGACUCCCUUGAUAAGUACUACUAUGCUCUCUACGAGAUGGUGGUCCGGGGCAGCUGCUUCUGCCAUGGCCAUGCUAGCGAAUGCGGCCCGAUGCAGACGGUGCCCGGAGAUGUGUUCAGCCCUCCGGGAAUGGUCCAUGGCCGGUGUGUCUGCCAGCACAAUACAGGUGGCACGAACUGCGAGCGGUGCCAGGACUUCUUCCAGGAUGCGCCUUGGAGGCCAGCCACGGGCCCCCAGGACAGCACUUGCAGAGCUUGUAGCUGUAACGGCCACUCGGACCGCUGUCACUUCGACAUGAGCGUGUACCUGGCGAGCGGCGGGGUCAGCGGGGGCGUGUGCGAGGACUGCCAGCACAACACCGAGGGCCAGCACUGCCAUCGCUGCAGGCCCCUUUUCUACAGGGACCCCCUCAAGGCCGUCUCGGACCCGUACGCGUGCCUUCCUUGUGAAUGUGACCCCGAUGGGACCAUAUCGGGUGGCAUUUGUGAGAGCCACUCUGAUCCUGCCCUGGGAUCUGUGGCUGGCCAGUGCCUGUGCAAGGAGAAUGUGGAAGGAGCCAAGUGCGACCAGUGCAAGCCCAACCACUACGGACUGAGUGCCACUGACCCUCUGGGCUGUCAGCCCUGCAACUGCAACCCUUUGGGGAGUCUGCCGCUCUCGACCUGUGAUGUGGACACAGGCCAGUGCCUGUGCCGGCCCUUUGCCACCGGCCCACGCUGUGAGGAGUGCGCUGUCGGAUCCUGGGGACUGGGAAGUCAUCUCCAUGGGUGUUCUCCCUGUGACUGUGAUAUUGGAGGCGCUUAUUCUAAUAUAUUAGCAACAGCUUUGCCUACAUGUGAUGUGUAUUUGCAGCCACAAGGAAGCUAUUUCAUAAUUGACAAAGGAAAUAUAAUACUGAAGAGAAAUCAGGAACAGAGCGACCAUGCUGACCAGCAGAGCGAGGGCUCAGUGACUUUUGGCCGGGUGCCUGCCGUUCACGUUGUUUUCCGAGAGCCAGUUCCCGGGAUGCCCGUUACGUGGACGGGGCCUGGAUUUGCCAGGGUUCUCCCUGGGGCUGGCUUAAGAUUUGCUGUCAACAACAUUCCCUCUCCCAUGGACUUCACCGUGGCCAUUCGCUAUGAAACUCAGUCCGCAGCUGACUGGGCUGUCCAGGUUGUGGUUAACCCCCCUGGAGGGAGCGAGCACUGUACACGCAAGAUCCCACCGCAGAAGCCUCCGUCUUUCGCCUUACCCGCGACCUCAAGAGUCGUGCUGCUUCCCACACCCAUCUGUUUAGAACCAGACGUACAAUAUUCUAUAGACGUCUAUUUUUCCCAGCCCUCGGAAGGAGGGUCCCACGCUCACUCACACAUCCUUGUUGAUUCUCUUGGUCUUCUUCCCCAAAUCAACGCAUUGGAGGAUUUCUACAGCAAGCAGGAUGCAGAUGGACACCAGCUGCACUCCUGUGUUGAAAUUGCCUCAGAACCAGGAGCUCAGGAGCUCCCCGGUGCAUGUGAAAGGCUUACAGUGAGCAUGUCCGCCAGGCUGCACAAUGGGGCAGUGGCCUGCCAGUGUCAUCCCCAGGGCUCAGUUGGGACCGGCUGCAGCCCGCUUGGAGGCCAGUGCCCGUGUAAGCCUCACGUGGCCGGGCGCCGCUGUGACAGGUGCUCAGCAGGAAGCUACGGUCUGGGGCAUCACGGCUGUCACUUGUGUCACUGCCACCCUCAAGGCUCAACGAGCGCUGUGUGUGACCAAAUAACCGGACAGUGCCCCUGCCAGGAAGCGGUGGCUGGCCGCAGCUGUGACGGGUGCCUGCAGGGCUAUUUUGGAUUUCCCAACUGUCACCCCUGCCUCUGUAAUUCGUUCGCUGAGCUUUGUGAUCCAGAAACAGGAUCAUGCUUCAAUUGUGGGGGGUUUACAACUGGAAGAAACUGUGAAAGAUGCAUCGAUGGUUACUAUGGAAAUCCUUCUUCAGGACAGCCCUGCCGUCCUUGCCCAUGUCCAGAUGUUCCCUCGAGCAAUCAGUACUUUGCCCAUUCCUGUUAUCGGAAUCCUUGGAACUCAGAUGUAAUCUGCAAUUGUGCUCAAGGUUAUGCAGGUAAGCAGUGUGAAGAAUGCUCUGCUGGUUUCUAUGGAAAUCCCAGAAUUUCUGGAGCACCUUGCCGGCCGUGUGCCUGCAACAACAACAUUGAUGCCACUGACCCAGAGGCCUGCAGCCGAGUGACAGGGGAGUGCCUGAAAUGUCUGCACAACACUCAGGGGCCCCACUGCCAGCUUUGCAAACCCGGUCACUUUGGAUCAGCCCUCAAUCGAACCUGCACAAGGUGCUCCUGUCAUCCUUCUGGCGUGAAUACCUCUGAGUGUCCCCCUAGUUGGGGAGCUUGCAUUUGUGACCCAGACUCUGGCGCAUGCCCCUGUCUGCCCCACGUCACAGGGCGGACCUGUGACCAUUGCGCUGAUGGAUACUGGAACUUCAUCCCUGGCAGGGGAUGCCAACCAUGUGACUGUGACCCCCAGACCUCUCAUGGCAGCCACUGUGACCAGGUUACAGGCCAGUGUCCGUGUAAAUUAGGCUACAGUGGGAAACGCUGCAGUGAGUGCCAGGAAAAUUAUUAUAGUGAUCCACUUGGGCGAUGCAGUCCAUGUGACUGCAACAGGGAAGGUACCCAGAAGCCCAUCUGUGACCGGGACACUGGCAUGUGUCACUGCCGGGAAGGUGUCAGCGGCCAGCGGUGUGAUCACUGCACACGGGGUCACGGCCAGGAAUUCCCUGCUUGUCUUCGGUGUCACUCAUGCUUUGAUCAAUGGGACCACGCCAUUUCUUUCCUCUCCAGCGCAGUGCAAGGGUUAAUUAGGCUGGCUGCUAGCAUGCAAGAUAAAAGAGAGACCCUGCCUGUCUGUGAGGCUGACUUCAAAGGCCUUGGAGAGAACAUGUCUGAAAUAGAAAGGAUUUUAAAACAUCCUGUUUUCUCAUCUGGGGAGUUCUUAAAAGUCAAGGAUUAUCAUGACUCUGUUCGGAAACAAAUCAUGCAGCUAGGUGAGCACCUGAAAACAGAAUAUGAAUUUCAAGAUCUGGAGGAAACAAUAUUGAAAAUGAGGAAUGAAUCAGACCUCUUACUUGAAAAUCUUCAGGAAGAAAUUGAUUUGUACUCCAGUGCCCGUAAUGCAAGCAUCAUGGAUUUCUCAGAGAACAUCAAGAAGUAUUAUCACAGAUCAUCAUCUGCUGAAAAAAGAAUUAGUGAAAUUACUUCCAUCAUAAAUAACUCUGAGAAAACCAGAAUUGACUUACUUACCAUCUUAGAUACAUUAACCUCAAAAGAAAACUUGUCAUUGGAAAAAUUAAAACAGAUUAAGAUACCAGAUAUCCAAAUGCUAAAGGAAAAGGUGUGUGGAGAACGAGGGGACACGCCAUGUGUGCUCUCGUCAUGUGGUGGCCCAAGCUGUCAUGACUCCCUGACCCUCUCGAGGCACGCCCUUCAGAAAGCUCAAGAAGCAGAGUCCAUGAUUCAGAAUUUGAGCAGCCAGGCUGCAGGUCUGAAAAAUCAGAUAAAAAAUAUAAGUAAACUGGCAGAAGUCUCCAAAAACAAUUCCUUACAGUUAAGUGAGAAACUGUGGAAUAUGAAAAACCAAAGUGAAUCUGAAGAAGAAAACAUGAAUCUUUUAAUCAAAAAACUGAAAAAGUUUCUGUUAGAGGAAAAUGUGCCUCCAGAGGACAUAGAAAAGGUUGCAAAUCAUGUACUUGACAUCCACCUGCCAAUAACAUCACAAGAUAUAACCCAUGCACGUGACAACAUACAGAAACUUAUGCGACUCUGUGAGGACUACAAGACAGAUGAGGACAAGCUAAAUAAAGCAGCAGAUAGAGCUCAAAAGAUUUUGGUGAAGGCAAAAGCAGCUGAAAAAGCAGCAAGGGCUCUACAGACUCCUGACCAGAUGUUGAAUAAGUGGCAACAAGUUGAAAUCACUCAGGGACCGGCAAAUUCUAACGUCGCACAGCUGACUGCCGAGAUAACAAAAAUAAAAAAGACUGCACUGCAGACUGAAAAUAAAGCCCAGGAGAAUGAGAAUGAACUGGACUUAGCAAAGCAGCAGUCAGCCCUGGAGGACGGACUUUCCCGGCUGCGGGUCAAGUUGCAAAGGAAUCAAGAGCAAGCCAUCCACGUGGGAGCUCAGGCUGAGUCGGCCCAGCGCCAGGCAGGGGGCCUCCAGGAGGACUUUGUUGAGCUGAAAAAUCAAUACGCUGUUCUUCAACAUAAGACCAGCGCAACAGGACUGACAAAGGAAACCUUAGGAAAAGUGAAACAGCUAAAAGAUGCAGCAGCAAAAUUGGCUGGAGAUACAGAGGACAAGAUAAGAAGAAUAGCAGAUUUAGAAAAGAAGAUUCAAGAUUUGAAUCUUAGUAGACAAAGAAAAGCUGAUCAACUGAAACAGUUGGAGGAUCAAGUCAUUGCCAUUAAAAAUGAAAUUGUUGAGCAAGAAAAUAAAUAUUUAAGCUGCUAGCGUUAGGCAGAGCUGAAGUGCAAAAGCCAGUGCCUUUGUUUCUGGUUCCUGAGGAGCAACCUGAGGAGCUGUGCUGAACCUGGGAAGCACAAAUGAGCAGCCUCCUCGCCUUCCUCCCGCGCUGGAGCCCUCCCCCUCCGCAGCUCUGCUCAGUGCUGGGGAGUGACACUGGACCCAGGAAACGCCUCUUCGUGUAGCACAGGAGGGAGAAGUAAAGAGGUUGUCUCUGGUUUCAGAAACCUUUCCUCUUGCCUUUCCUAACUUAAAAAUAAUUAGUUACAUAUGACAAGUACAAAUCAAAAUAAGAUUCUAUUUACUAAUACUAAUUCUAACUAUUCAAGUGUCCAGGCGAGGGGUGGUGGAGAAUGGGGAGUUACUAACCAACGGCAUAAAGUUUCAGUUAAGAUGAAUAAGUUUCCAGAGAUCUGCUGUAUAUUAUAUGUGUAGUUAACAAUAAUGUUUGUCCACUUAGGAAUGUAUUGAGAGCGUGGAUCUCAUAUUAAAUGCUCUUACCAUGCUACAAUAAAAUAAAAAUAAACUUAAACAAAUUAAAUUAAAAUCAAUUAUAUCUCGAAUACUAGAAUGGAAUGAAUAUGGGUGGUAUAUACUAGUGUUUCUGUAUUUUAUUUGGAUUUGCUUUAUCUGUAAAACCAUUAUUCUAUUC